UAGCCCUUCUUACUUACUUCACUUGUUUUCCCGUGAUCAAAAUAUCUGUGUGAAGUCACGCAACUGUCCUUAGAAUGUGUCAGUAUCAUGAGUGCCUUAUUUCCUGAUAAAAUAAUUGCGAAAUAUUUGAAAUAAUCAAUGGCCACUCGUCACGAGCCAUUAUCACUUCAAGUGAUAACAUCUCCGUUCCUUCGCAACGUCGAAACAGCCCAUGAUGGCAGUGCAACAACUGUGGAAAGACGUACAUUUCGAAAAAGUCUUGAAAGACUUGAACGAAUCAAUAUGAUUGAUUUAGAACCCUUUAGUUCUGAAUCAGUCUACCGUCAGCCUUCAUGUGAACAGGGUCCUAGUGGAGAUAGGAAGCUAGCAAAACGACAAAACAGGCUCAGCAGAGAGAUCCUUGGAGUUGAUGAUGCAGUGUUAUCAGCUCCUGACAUUGCCCAGUUCCAAUCUCAGGAAAGACAGCUUCUUACAAAGAACCAAUCAAUGAAUGGUUCCCUUAAUCAAACCGAUGUUGAUGAUGAUGUCAGCAGUGUUAUUUAUGGUGGAUCCAUAGCAUCAACAGUCCCCGACAGAUAUGGUUUCUUUGGAGGAUCUCAGUUCAGUCAUGACACUGAAAUAAACCCAGCAAUGAUUGCCAUUUUUCGCAAAAGAGAGCUGAAGUGGUUAAACAUGUUAGAUGAUUGGGAAAAGUAUAUGACAUACAAAUACAAAAAGGUAAGAGACAGGUGUAGGAAAGGAAUACCCAGUUCUAUCCGUCCCAGAGCGUGGCAAUAUUUGUGCGGCGGUGGUGUUCUAAUGGAAAAGAAUAAAGGCGUGUUCGACGAUCUACUCGCGCAGCCCGGAGAUCCCAAAUGGCUGGAUGACAUCCGAAAAGAUUUACAUCGACAAUUCCCCAUGCACGAGAUGUUUGCCGAUUCCAAUGGACCUGGUCAGGUGGAAUUAUUUCGGGUUCUAAAAGCCUACACGAUUCUCAACCCUGUGGAUGGUUACUUUCAAGGGCAGGCUCCUGUUGCAGCUAUGCUCGUUAUGCACAUGCCUGCAGAGGAAGCAUUCUGGUGUAUGGUUGCAAUCUGUGAACGUUAUUUACCCGGAUAUUAUAGCCAAGGCCUAGAAGCAGUUCAAAUCGACGGUGAUGUCCUGGUAGCUCUUUUAAGAAAAGUAUCCCCUUCCGUCCAUCGCCAUUUAACGAAACAAAAAUUAGAUCCUGUGCUUUUCAUGAUGGAAUGGUUCAUGUGCAUCUACACCCGUACGCUUCCCUGGUCCUCUGUACUCCGCGUCUGGGACAUGUUCUUCUGCGAAGGGGUCAAAGUGCUCUUCCGGGUUGGCUUGGUCAUCUUGAAGUACAGUUUCAUGAAACCCAAGACGAUGAAGGAGUGCCCGACAAUGUACGAAUCGAUGGAAGUCUUGCGUCACCUCCAUACGAGCGUCACGGAAGAAAACGUUCUUGUUCCUCGCAUGUUGAAGCUGCCCAUCAACGAAGAAGAGAUGGAACGUGUACACAAGAAAGUAGUCGAGCAAAGGAAGAAAGCUGCUUCUUCCCCUCAAGGCAAUUAAAAAUGCCAUGCCUUAUUUCCUUUUUGCUUCCUUUUCCCGUUAAAAGACAGAGUAUAUCAUAGAGGUAUUAUCUCGUUAAAUGUAAGAAGGACCGAACAGACGCGGUUUCAUAUUUUCGUUUUCUAUCCCGUCAAUCAACCAAAGACCUUUUUGGUUAUUUUUUCCCCCUUUUUCUUUGUUAUUUGCGACGUGUUUGGACCACUUGAUUGAAUCUUCCCCUCAUCCAUCCUACUCCCGCCUCUAUCCCGCGUUGUGUUUCCAGUCGGUGCUUUAUAUAAAAUAAUCCUAUGUCGAUAGAAAAAAGAUAAACCAUUUUUGCACUUUUUUUUAUAGAUAUUUUGUUAUAUAUUUUGCAAUGUGUGUUUUUCCUUUGAAAUUGCAUUCAUUAACAACGAUUUAGUUUUAUUUUAGUCGGAACGUAGCACGUUACUUGUUGCCAUUCUUCGCCUGCGGC